GGGCCCCCAGUGAUGAACCUGAGCGUGUCCCGGUGGCGGCCGCUGUAUCUCGCCGCCGUCCUGCUCCUCCCGGGCCCCCGCCUCCGCCUCCCCUCCAGCCGCAGCGCCGCCGCCCGCCGGGACACAUGGGGGUGCUCAGCCUCUCCGAGCAGACACCACUGGUCCAAGCCAUCUUUAACCGAGACCGUGAGGAGAUCCGCUCACUGAUAAACCAGGAGGAAGAUGUGAACAGACUGGACCAAGAGAAGCGAACACCACUUCAUGCUGCUGCCUAUCUGGGUGAUGUUCAGAUCAUUGACAUUCUCAUUCAAUCUGGUGCUAAUGUGAAUGCGAAGGACAACUUGUGGCUCACACCGUUACAUCGAGCUGCAGCCUCUCGCAAUGAGAGAGCCGUGAACGUCCUGCUGAAACACUCCGCUGACGUGAAUGCCCGGGACAAGCAAUGGCAGACCCCCUUCCACGUUGCUGCUGCCAACAAGGCGGUGAAAUGUGCCGAGCUCCUGAUCCCGCUGCUGAGCAGCGUGAACGUCUGCGACCGCACUGGGAGGACCGCUCUGCAUCACGCUGCCUACAGCAGCCACGCUGAGAUGGUUCACCUACUGUUGAGCAAAGGGGCCACUGUCGGUGCUUGUGACAAAAAGGAAAGGCAGCCGAUUCACUGGGCUGCCUACGCAGGGCACCUAGAGGUGGUGAAGUUGUUGUCUUCACGUGGCUCUGAUGUGACUGGGAAGGACAAGCGAGGUUACACACCGCUGCACGCUGCUGCUUCAAAUGGACAAGUCGACGUGGUCAAAUACCUCCUCAACCUCGGGGUGGAGAUCGAUGAGCCGAACGCCUACGGGAACACUGCCCUCCACAUCGCCUGUUACACUGGACAAGACGCGGUCGCCAACGAGCUGGUGAACUCUGGUGCCAACGUUAACCAGCCGAACGAGCAAGGCUUCACCCCGCUGCACUUUGCCGCCGUCUCCACCAACGGUGCGUUAUGCCUCGAGCUCCUGGUCAACAACGGGGCGGACGUCAAUGUUCAGAGUAAGGAUGGGAAGAGUCCGUUGCACAUGGCCGCGAUUCACGGCAGGUUUACACGCUCUCAGAUCCUCAUCCAGAACGGUGGAGAGAUAGACUGUGCAGAUAUAUAUGGCAAUACUCCUCUACAUGUAGCUGCUAGGUACGGUCACGAGUUACUGAUCAGUACCUUAAUGACCAACGGUGCUGACACCGCACGGCGUGGGAUCCACGGCAUGUUUCCUCUGCACCUGGCUGUACUUUACGGGUUUUCGGACUGCUGUCGCAAGUUACUCUCAUCAGGUCAAAUGUACAGCAUUGUGUCAUCGUUCAGUAACGUGCACGUCCUGUCUGCAGGCUUUGACAUAAACACCCCCGAUGACCUCGGAAGGACCUGCCUUCAUGCUGCUGCUUCAGGAGGGAACGUUGAAUGUUUAAAGUUGCUGCUGAGCAGUGGGGUGGACCUCAGGAAGGAAGAUACGUUUGGAAGGUCUGCCUUGCACUAUGCAGCUGCCAGUGGCAGUUACCAGUGUACGGUUACAUUAAUAACCGCCGGUGCCAGUAUUGCCAGAACAGACAGCAGGGGCUGUACUCCUCUGCACUACGCUGCUGCUGCUUCUGAGGCCUACAGAAGGUAA